AAGAGAUUGAACUUUCCGGAUAUGAACUUUAAGUUUUGCCUCCGUUUGAAUGAAAAAGAUGGCGUCGUCUUAUGACAACGUGCAAGUGUCCAUCCUUUCAGACGACGAAAGAUUUGUUCAUUUAACAGAUGAACCCGUCAAACUUGAACUAGCACGACAAACAGAUUGCGUAACAUUAACAUUGUUUAAAGGAGGGAAAAAAUUUCAUGUAAUUACGAUAACAUCAAGUACAGAAUACUCUCGAUAUGGAAAGCAGGGCUUUAUUUUUACAAAUGAAGACAAGAGUUCAUUGGUCAGAUUUCCAUCUAUACAUGCCAUGAAACAGUUUCAGUUUCAAUUUAAACAAAUGAGGAGUGUAUUAAAAUCUGUGUUUACAGAGAGAACAGAAGAAGCAUCUGCUGUUCAAUACUUUCAGUUUUAUGGAUAUUUAUCACAACAACAGAACAUGAUGCAAGAUUAUAUUCGAACGUCUACCUACCAGAGAGCUAUAUUGGCCAAUUUAAUAGAUUUUCAUGACAAGGUUGUGUUAGACGUUGGUGCUGGAUCAGGUAUUCUUUCCUUCUUUGCUGUACAGUCAGGUGCCAGGAGAGUCUACGCUGUAGAAGCCAGUAGUAUGGCAGAAAAGUGUGAGGAAUUGGUCAGACAUAACAAACUUUCUGAUAAAAUAAUUGUUAUACCUGGUAAAGUGGAAGAAAUUGAAAUACCAGAAAAAGUAGACACAAUCAUAUCUGAACCAAUGGGUUAUAUGUUAUUUAAUGAACGGAUGCUGGAAAGUUACUUACAUGCCAAGAAAUGGCUGAAACCUGGAGGAAAAAUGUUUCCAUCAGUUGGUGAUUUACAUAUAGCACCAUUUACAGAUGAAGCUUUAUACAUGGAACAAUUCUCAAAAGCAAAUUUCUGGUGCCAGCAAUCAUUCCAUGGUAUUGACUUGGGAAGUUUAAGGAGUGCAGCAGUGGAAGAAUAUUUUAAACAACCUAUAGUUGAUACAUUUGACAUCAGAAUUUGUAUGUCCAAGUCCUAUAAAUACACAGUAGACUUCGAGCAAGCAAAUGAAGAAGACUUACAUGUGAUAGAUAUACCUCUUACAUUUACCAUGACACAGUCUGGCAUGGUACAUGGCUUAGCCUUCUGGUUUGAUGUGGCAUUUUUAGGCUCAUCAGAAGCAGUUUGGCUGUCAACGUCACCCACUGAGACAUUAACUCACUGGUAUCAAGUACGAUGUUUGUUACAAAACCCUAUCUUGGUUAAACAAGGACAAACGUUAAUGGGAAAAUGUGUUCUUAGGUGCAAUACAAGACAAAGUUAUGAUGUAGACAUAGAAUUGAAUAUUCCAGGAACUUCAUCUAAAUCUCAAAAUACAUUGGAUCUUAAAAAUCCUUUCUUCCGGUACACAGGCCAGCAACCUUCACCUCCUCCAGGAACAAACAACACAUCACCCACAGACAAUUACUGGAAUUCAACAAUGCUUAAUCAGACAAAUUAUAUGAAUGGAAUUUUAAAUGGAAUGAAUGGUAUGCAGGACCAACAAACAGUACAAAUUUUAAAUCAACAAGGAGUUAUACAACAAAACCUCAUACCUGUGUCAAAUAUCUCAGCACCAAUAAAUCCAGGUAGCAUCCCCAGUGUUAUUAAUUUGGUUAGUGCUCAUGCAAACAGAACAUCCGUGGGCGGAGGAAUCAGCCCAGUUAACUUCGCACAAACACAAUCACAGAAUGUGAUGAGUGGUAGUAAUGCAGGAAGUUUCCCCGUUAGUAACCAGUUUAUGAUUGGGGACUAUGUAAUGCCAGGAAACGUGGUCCAUAUAAAACCCGAAUCAGUGCAACAAUGAUCUGAUAUCACAAGAAAUCUUGUCUUUCAUAUACCUCAUGUGUAUGCCACAAAUGUACCAACUUUUAUACCUACCCUUAACGCUAACGGACAAAUAUAUGGAGGGUUAAAUCCAUUGAUGGCAGCAAUUCUUCCGAAACAUUGCAGAAUUUUUCAAGGGAUACUAGUGUUGUAAAUGUGGUAUUAAAGUCAAAAGACCCUCGUAGAAUAUAGUACGCCAAUUAUAUUCCUCUGUUGUACAUUAUGGAUUUUAAACAUAUUGUGUUCCAGGCUGAUGACCAUAAAUUUGAUAUGUUUCUUUGUGAUGUUAGAUCACUGUGAUAAAUCAUGACAUGCUGAUCCCUACUGUUAAACAAAUCAUAUUGUUGUUUGUUGUCAAAUUUAAAAUUGAAAGUAGACAGGUGUUACAUGUGAAAGAGAAUAAUGAUCUUUAUGAAUAUUUAUAAUUUUUUACAAAACGAAAUUACUGAAAUAAAUAUUAAAUAGAAAUUUCUCUAACAUCAUGUUCACAAGUUGAUUUAAUGAUAUUCAACAGUUAAAAUACAAACUUUACGACAAUGGCUCCUGAACUUUAUUUAUUUCCAUUUAAUACAAACCUUACAACAAAAUGGCUCCUGAACUUUAUUUAUUUCAACUUAUUGAAAAAUAUAUUGAAUUAUGGAAAUGUUCUAAUAUCUUAUAGGUGUUUUGUUGUUUUAUUUAUGACAUCAUUUCCAGUGUUAUUGUAAACAUACAAUGUUUUUUUUUUCCAAUUUUAAGGUAACUUUUUUGUUUGUAUUUAAGUACCAUUUUAUUUAAAAUCUUAACAUUUUAUAUUUAAAGACUACUCAUAGAUAUGUAAGCAGGUCAUGUAUUGGCAUUUAAACAAAAAUAAAAAUUUAGGAUUUGUUUUUAUACAUAUAUGAAUGGAGUCUGUUCCAUUUAGAGCUCCAAGCUCAUUCUUAAUCAAUUAGGAGGAUUUUCCACAGUUCCACAGUUCGGGUUUGUAAAAUACACAAAUCAAGAAGUACUGACAGAUGUAGACUUUAUAUACUGUAUUUAUAAUUUUUGGUUAACAUAACAACAAACAGGGAAACAGAAUGGCUAUACUUGUUAUUAUUACUUAAUGUUUAGAAGCAGUAACAAAAAAAUGUUUGUCUCAUAUGGACAAAUUUUACCAGGUGACUUGUUUUUAAGUCCAAUAAACAGAUUUUUUAUCUGUGGUUUGUAUUUAUCAUAAUAAAUAAAGAUAUAAUAACUCAGAUUUCUCAAAAGGAAACUUGAAAAAUUGACAAAUAUAGAUUUUCUCGGUCCUCUAUAAUGGGAUAAAUGAAAAUGUACCUGUAUAAUGUAAAUUUAAAUCUUGGAAUAGAAUGUAAUUGUUUCCUGUUAGGCUGAAUUAUUGAUCUCUGGUUAGUUGCUUUAUCAAGCAUUGUCUCUAAUGAUGGAUUUCUCUGACAAUUUUAAUCUGUCGUUUGAUCAAAUAACAAAUUAAAUAUUUAUUUUGAAAUUUGAAAAAAAACAUGUUUCUGUAAAAUUUAAAUAUGUAUAAAUGUAUUUUGUUGAUUUUCUACUUUUAUAUGUAAAGGUACUUUUUUCUGUAUUUAUAAUUUUUGGUUGCCAUAACAACAAACAGGGAAACAGAAUGGCUAUACUUGUAAUUAUUACUUAAUGUUUAGAAGCAGUAACAAAAAAAUGUUUGUCUCAUAUGGACAAAUUUUACCAGGUGACUUGUUUUUAAGUCCAAUAAACAGAUUUUUUAUCUGUA